ACUCUCUUCCUGCCUCAACGACUCCUUCACCACCACACCGACCCCGCCUGAAUACAACGCAACGUCUACAAACCUCGACGGCGACGCCAUCACAAUCAUCACCAUGACCAGCGUACUGAAAGGCGGCUUUGGCUCGCCAAAUGGUGCGCCUUUGCUGGCGACCAACUCCGGCACUGAGUUUGUCAACACUGUCUGCCCGCUCAAAGGCGCCCUUGAUGGCUAUGACAACACAAUACCCUGCAGCAAACAGAAGAUCCACGUCCCGCAAAACUUCUGCGAUGCCAUGGCCAUCCGCGAAGAAGUCUAUGGCGAGCAGGGCGUGCCUCUUGAAGCCGAGUUCGACGAAGACGAUGCCCGCAGCUGGCACUGGGUCGCUUAUGCUUCCGUUGCCACCCACACAACCCACCCCCCGAAGACACUGCGCCGCUCCGACUCUGGCAACACGCCCGCUGACGACGCGCGACGCGCCUCUGCCACCGCCACCCGCGUUCCCGUCGCGACUAUUCGGCUCAUUCCUCCGCCCCACGGACCGAACAAGUACGUCGACGAGGACAAGACGGACAAACACGCCGAUGCAGACCCACCCGGCGAGGAACAGGAGACUAAGCACCCGCCGGAGCCUUACAUCAAGCUCGGCAGACUUGCAGUCCUGGCGCCCUACCGAAGCCUCGGCCUUGCGAAGCUGCUCGUCAACGCUGCGCUCGACUAUGCCAUGAUGAACCCCGACCUGAUCUACCGGCCUCCGUCUCCCACCGCUUUGGAGAUGGCACAGAUGCUGGGCAACAACAAGGAGCGCGAGAUUACUUGGCAAGGGUUGGUCAUGAUCCACGCCCAAGCUAACCUCCAGAGCAUGUGGGAGAAGCACGGUUUCCACGAGGAGCUGAGGAACGACAACGGUGAAGUCGAGAUACCAGCAGAGCCUCACUGGAUCGAGGAAGGCAUCGAACACGUAGGCAUGUGGAAGAGACUGUCUGUCGAGAAACGAAAGAGGUUGUCUCUAUCCUCCCUGGACUCUUCCUGAGCCUGGUCGCGUCUCCGCCCGCGUACAUUGGCUCAACAUUUUCACGCAAUUCGCGUGUAUGAGCCUAGAAAUCACUCUCUACUUCUUUGCGGACCCCUUCAUAAGACUAUUCACUUACACUUGUGUUUCAAGUCUUCACGCCGGGCAUCACCCAGGAUCUAUCAUCGCUACAAGACCCUGGAUAUUAUGACGACUUUCACACUCGUUUCACCCAUGCGACGAUUCAACAUUGCUUAUACCCCCACACCGCACGAUCACGACGACACGGCCGAACUUCACUAAAACUUGCUUUAUUUGCUUAUAGACAAGAGGGAUAGGAGUGCAAGCGAUAGAUGGCGUAGCGGUAUUUUGUAUCAAAUCAACACCAAAAGUUACAUCUCGUACAUGUCAUUUAUUUGC